AUGGGAGUGGCCUUUGUCCCCCUCGUCGGAUUUGUCAUCGGGAACCAUGAGCGCCCCAUCGAGGACUAUUUCGACGCCUCGGUAAUGGAAGAGCGCCUUCGCGCUGUUCACAAGUACGGCUUCGCGCUUGCCUUUAAUAGCUUGCUUUCUGCUAGCUCGGAACCAACGAGCGCAGCGGCUUCUACGGAGCCCUUUGAAGGUUCGGUGGAUUUUGUCCUAUAUGGUGUUUUGGUCAGCAGGACCAUCUCCGCUAUAGUAGAAGCCCUCCUUGUCAUUACCGGCUUGUGUGCGAUACUGCUCUGCUUUUUUAUCGCGCGGUUGAAAAGCAAUCUCUGCGCGGAUCCCGGGUCCUUGGCCGAUCUGGUUACUGUCUUGAGAAACAGCCCUGAGCUUGUCGAUGCAGUUUCUCCCAGGCGGGAUGGGCCCCGAAGGGCUGAACCCGAAUCCUCGCGAGAUUCUAAUCCCAACCUACGCCUCACUUGCGAUUGCUCUCACGCGUUUGGGACCAUGUCUAUUGAAGUAAUUGGCGACCAGGCGCCAUGCAGCAUCGCCAUCGGGCAGAAGGCGGCCAAAGUGUUGGACGAGCAAGGCGGUGAUUUCAAGCCGAUCAAGCCUACCGUUCUUCGUCGGUCAUCCGGCGCAAUCUUUAUUCUCCUGCUAAUCGCUACUGUGUGUAUCCUUGUGUUUCUCAAGAGGCAGGAACAACUUCUUGGAGGUCUCCCCGACCGACUGAUAGCUUCGAAAUUCUCCAACUUCUAG